AUGCAGCCUCUAAUCUUUGCCGCUCAGAUCAAGUCCAGUACUGUGCAGCAAGGUGAGACAAUACGUCAGCGCACGGAGUCUGCAUGGAGUUUGCACGGCGACGCAAAUAAAAGCCUUCGCAAGGACCUGACCUGCGAUCCCAAGUGUGUAGACCCGGACCCGGUGCCGCCCGAGUACGCGGAAGACCCGGAGAACGGCUGGGUCUGUGCCGAAGGCUUCGUCGGCAACGUGUCUACCGAAUGUGAGGUGGCAUACCCGGCUGACUGGGUUCCGAACUGCACUGCAGUACUGAACCUCACAGGCUGCGCGCCACUGGAGCCUUGCGCACCAGUGGUCGUGGAGGAUGCAGAGAUGUUCGAUGACAACACGGACGCUGAGCAGCCACCCUUGAUCGUGGGUGAGCCGAGUUGUCGAUUGGCCUGUGAUGCGGCCCCGGCUUUGCGGGCAAUGCAUCUGUCGGGUGCCAGCCAAGCUACAGGCUGGAUCAGAGGUGUCCUAAGAUUGUCUGCAAUUCGAAAUUGGGAUGAAAAAGGUGUGUGCUUCGUCUAA